CUGGUCCAGGCAAAAUAAACCAUAUAAACACCCACGGUGCCACGGAAUCGCCGGUCAGUACAGACAACCCUGAGCGCCGCAGCGUUCCCGAGGGGCUGUUCCGCGGAGCCCGUCGCAAGGGUUUCUUUCGUUACCUUCGCACAUAGUACGUUUUCUCCGACAAUUGCGCCGUUUUGAGCACUUCGAGAAGGCGCGCGCGUGUGCGAGCAAGCGAGCAACGUGAGAGAACGACAAGUCGACCGAUUCGUUAAACGCAAAGAUGCCUGCAGUGCGAGGGGACGGCAUCCGCGGCCUGGCGGUGUUCAUAUCGGAUAUCCGAAACUGCAAGAGCAAGGAGGCGGAGAUCAAGCGCAUCAACAAGGAGCUUGCAAACAUUCGUUCCAAGUUUAAAGGGGACAAGACACUUGAUGGCUACCAGAAGAAGAAAUACGUGUGUAAGCUCCUGUUCAUUUUCCUUCUGGGCCACGACAUUGACUUCGGCCACAUGGAGGCGGUAAACCUGCUCAGCUCGAACAAAUACUCCGAGAAGCAAAUAGGCUACCUGUUUAUCUCUGUGCUGUUGAACGAGAACAGCGAGUUAAUGCGACUCAUUAUUCAAAGCAUCAAGAACGACUUGUGCGCCCGCAACCCCAUCCAUGUGAACCUUGCGCUGCAGUGCAUCGCCAAUAUUGGAAGCCGUGAGAUGGCCGAGACCUUUGGCGGCGAGAUCCCCAAGCUCCUGGUAUCCGGCGACACCAUUGACGUGGUGAAGCAAAGCGCCGCACUGUGUUUGCUGCGGUUGUUGCGUACCCUGCCGGACAUUACGCCCAGCGGUGAAUGGACAUCGCGCAUCAUACACUUACUCAACGACCAGCACAUGGGCGUCGUUACGGCUGCUGUGAGCCUCAUUGACGCACUGGUCAAGAAGAACCCAGACGAGUACAGGGGCUGCGUGUCCUUGGCGGUGUCUCGGCUAAGCCGCAUCGUGACCGCAUCGUACACGGACCUGCAAGACUACACUUACUACUUCGUGCCGGCUCCCUGGCUGAGCAUGAAGCUUCUGCGCCUGCUGCAGAACUACCCGCCCCCUGACGACCCAGGUGUCCGGGGUCGCCUGAACGAGUGUCUUGAGACCAUCCUGAACAAGGCUCAGGAGCCGCCCAAGUCUAAGAAAGUGCAGCAUUCCAAUGCGAAGAAUGCGGUGCUCUUUGAGGCGAUAUCGCUCAUUAUCCACAUGGACCGACUGGGCGCCGUCAUUGAGCCGAACCUGCUCGUGCGAGCCUGCAAUCAGCUAGGGCAAUUUUUACAGCAUCGUGAGACUAAUCUGAGGUAUCUGGCCCUGGAGAGUCUCUGCCUGUUGGCCACUUCGGAGUUCUCACACGAGGCCGUGAAGAAGCACCAGGAGACGGUCGUGAACGCGCUCAAGACGGAGCGCGAUGUUAGCGUUCGUCAGCGAGCCGUUGACCUGCUCUAUGCCAUGUGCGACAAGUCCAACGCUGAAGAGAUUGUGGCAGAGAUGCUGGCAUAUCUGGAAACAGCAGACUACUCCAUCCGUGAGGAGAUGGUCCUCAAGGUCGCCAUUUUGGCAGAAAAGUAUGCCUCGGACUACACAUGGUAUGUGGAUGUCAUCCUUAACCUCAUCCGCAUUGCAGGUGACUACGUCAGUGAGGAGGUCUGGUACCGUGUCAUCCAAAUAGUUAUCAACAGAGAGGAUGUGCAAGGUUAUGCCGCAAAGACUGUCUUUGAGGCACUUCAAGCACCUGCCUGCCAUGAAAACAUGGUCAAGGUAGCUGGUUAUAUCCUUGGAGAGUUUGGCAACUUGAUUGCUGGUGAUCAGCGUUCCAGUCCACUGAUCCAGUUUCAGCUACUGCACUCCAAGUAUCAUCUUUGUUCUGCCAGUACCAGAGCACUCUUGCUGACCACAUAUGUGAAGUUCAUCAAUCUUUUUCCAGAGAUUAAAACUGAAAUCCAGAAUAUCCUUGGUAGCAACAACAACAUUCGCUGUGCUGACUCGGAGUUGCAGCAGCGUGCGGUUGAAUACUUGAGCCUGAGCCAGAUUGCUUCACCUGAUGUGCUGGCAACAGUUUUAGAAGAAAUGCCCCCAUUUCCUGAAAGAGAGUCUUCAAUCCUGGCAAUCCUCAAGCGCAAGAAACCAGGCAUGUCUGAAGGUAUUAAUGCCAGCAAUAAGGAAAACCUUCGUGCAGCGCCAUUGUUGGUAGAUGGCGCCGCUCCUGCAAAUGGAACAACAGCCCCUGCGACUAUGGACCUGCUUGGCCUUUCUCUCGACCAGACUGCUCCACCUGCCCCACCAGCAUCCACAAAUGGCACGACAGCUUGCUUAGUAGACGUGUUUGAAGACCAGUCUUCAGGAUCACAGGGCAGCACAGCUGUGGUGGUUUCUAGUGAAGAGGGUCUAAAAAAAUUUGUGUGCAAGCAUAAUGGCAUUUUAUUUGAAAAUGACCUUCUGCAGAUUGGUGUCAAGGCUGAAUUUCGGCAGAAUCUUGGCCGUGUUGGACUCUUCUAUGGUAACAAGACUGCAUCCCAAUUUCAGAGUUUUCUGCCCAACGUGACAAUCGACAACAUGGCACUAAGCAUCCAGUUGAAGCCUGUGGAACCAGCCAUUGAAGCAGGAGCACAAGUUGAGCAGAUGGUCAACGUGGAGUGCGUUCAGGACUUUGCAGAAGCUCCAGGACUGGUUGUGCAGUUCGUCUAUUGUGGUGUGCAGCAGAAGUUUACUCUGCAGCUGCCAGUGUUUCUCAACAAGUUUUUGGAGCCAACAAUUAUGAACUCUGAGUCAUUCUUUUCCCGCUGGAAGAAUCUGAGUAGCCCUGGUCAAGAGGAACAGAAGAUAUUUAAAGCACGCUUUCCUAUGGAGAAUGAGGGCAUCCGCAGCAAGCUCUCCGGCUUUGGCAUGCAGCUCCUGGACGGCAUUGAUCCUAACCCAGACAACUUUGUCUGUGCCGGAAUCAUCCACACUCGUGCUCUUCAAAUUGGUUCCUUGCUGCGACUUGAACCCAACCGGCAAGCACAGAUGUAUCGGCUUACCAUUCGAAGCAGCAAGGACGGAGUGUCCAAGAUCCUAGUUGACCUUCUGCAGGAGCACUUUUAAAGUGCCCAUCUUAAGGCCUUGUGAGGCUAACUGCUCCUUUUUUUUUUUCCACUCUGAUGUUAAAAGGAAAUGUACUUAAAUAGCUUGGUGUUGGAGUUUCUUCCUGUGGAUGUGUUUAUUUCACUCUUGUUUUAUUGGCCAGUAGCUGUUCUAUGCUGUUAGUUUGCGUACUUAGCAUGAGCAGGAGCAGUCUUCAUCAAACCUCAGAUCAGUUGCUUUUCCAUCAGCCUCUUCCUUCAACUCUAGGGAAAUUUGUAUGGAUUAGGUGAGCUUGCAGAGGAAUGUGUAAUGUCAAACUGUGGCAAGAUAUAAGCUAGUCACAUCAAGAGCAACAUGGUACAGUGCGACACUGGCAUUCUCAUUAUUUUUUUAUUUUUACUGGUCAAGUAGCUCACUACUUUGAGAUUCAAGCACAAAAGAGGUCUUUUUUUUUUUCUUGUGUUACCCUAUGGUCGAUUGUGAUACCUUGUAUUUUAUGCGGUUCUUCGCAUGUGAUGGUCACCAUUAGUUUUGUUUGAAAUGUGCUCUUUGGUUCUUUGUCCUUCUGUCACAUGCUCUUGAAACGAAUCUUGUUUGUCCUGCUGUAGCAUAAUGGUAGGCUAGGCUGUCUGGUCUCUGUAAUAAGUUGUCCUUUGUUGUCCUUGCUGUUACGAGAUUUCAAGCAAGUCUUCGUUGUGUCCCAAAAUUUGAGAAGUCUGUUUCUUUAUCUGCUGUUAUGGCUGUGUAACAGCUUUAUUUUAACUAUCAGCAUGCAAUUCUAGGUUUGCUUCCUUGACAUUCCAAGAUAGUACAUUUUGCUCUUUUGCUUUUCUUUUCCUCUAGACCUGCAAUUCCCUGUAGAGGCCAUUGUCCGAACUUUCCUUAGGUGUGCUCCUGUAACUUUAGUGUAGCCACACAUUAAUACUGCUCUUGUCCCACUGCUAAAGGUGAAACCUGCAACUUUCUGCACACAGAUUGUGCCAUGUUUGAAUGCUUGCAUUGCCAAGGGCUUGUUGUGUAGUUAUAUUUAAGUCAUUGAUAAAAAAUGGUUAACUGCAUUGUGCACAUUCCCCAGUACAACCACUGGGCUUUUCAUUUUGUCUAACAAUGCUACUCUGGGCGCUGUACUAAAGAACUGCUCAUUCUUACUUUUCCCCAACUGCUUUGCACACAGCCCAGCCUGGAAGUGCAGCAAAACAUAACCCCAUUGCUGCUUUACUAAGUGUUUCGCAAGGCCUUUGGUUGUGUGGCAACUACCCUUGCUUGAAACAUCUGUUUAAAUUGUGUGGUCAUGUGACAUCUGCAUGAAUGUAGUGUUAUGCACUGCGGUCAGUAGUCAGCCCUAUCCCAUGGGAAGAUGUUUGUAGCUUACUGCAAAUGUUAUGCCAUCCCAAGGUGUUAACGAGCAUUUGCGGGGAAAUUGUGGUGAGCUCAGUGUAGUGGAUCGGCACAAUUUUUUGUUACAAACAUUGGACUUGGCAUGCGGCUUGCAUUAAUCAGUGUUUUGGUGUAAAUGGAAACUCAUUUUAUGUAAAGUGAUUUUUCGGCUACUAGAUGCCCCUGUGAAUCUGACAAGCCAAUAAAUGCUUAGCAAAUAUGUCAUCUGUAAA